AUGGUGGAGGGAAGAGGUCAGGACCAGGAUGCGCCAGGCUCCUCAAUGGAACCUGAAUUGCGAUACGUGGUGCCUCGGUGGUUCCUCGACAAUCUCAAAACCGCCGACGAGCUCAAGAACGCCCAAGCCAAAAUCUGGCUAGUCGACGAGACCACAGAUGCCGUUAAGGAUUCAAGCAUGGCCGACGAAACAACUGACGAGAACCUGCUGCCCGGGUCUGCCGGCAAUAAACCGGACGGCUAUUUCAGUGUAGCUCACGAAGCCAUGGAGGACCUCUUGGACGCCACAGCGUCCUUACAGAUGGUGGAUCUCGCGGGCCGCUUGUCGGUCUCCCAAUCCAGCAUCACACUAUCGUGCGAGAUGAGAUUCGGCUUGCAGUUCUUAGAUGAACUUGUCGUCCUCGUGGCCCAAGAAUUAGACUCUUCACUUAUAUCAAUCAACUUGCAAGAUCUGGAGGACAUCGGGCUGGACUUCUAUUACCAGAAGAAAGCCUAUGACCGAAGGUAUCAAGGGGAGGACCAGACCGAUCAUGGAAGUGCCAGUUACAACCAUAAUGACGAUGACUUUGACGCCAGCGAUAACGAAUCUGACGCCAGCGAGGGCAGCUACGACACCUCGAACAUUGCCCAAAAGGCUGCGCAACGCUAUUUCGGGUUUUGGGCAAACUCCCUUUCCGAGGCUGAGACGAAAUGUAGCAACGAUGCGCUGUCUGCCUUUCUAGAUGCCGUGAAAGAAAAGGGAAAGGCUAUCAAUCGAUGCAGGGAGUAUGGGGAAGGAUUUGAUCCUAACCAAACGCUCCAGACUUCACCGAAUGGUUUGGUACCAAAGACGGCCUCGACGAUUCUCUAUCUCCGUGAUAGCCCAGAAUCACCCGCUGCCGGUGCCAUCGACGUCGUAAAGGUGGACAUAGCGUCCGAGUUGGCCAGCCACCUGGGUACUUCCGACCUGGCAUAA